GAAAAAUAGGGAAGCAAAAUUGUUGGAGGGGUCUGUACAAAUCUCUCCCAGCAUCCCCUAAAUCAAUCCGCUAAGCAGUUCCCCAACACCUUCCCUGUAGUUCCCGCCCAGCCCACUUUCUUUCUCACUCUUUCAGGGGCCUGCGUGUGACAUGCGGGGCAACAGAAGGAGUGAGUUACUCGGCUGCCAGAUGCGGGACCCUGACGGACCAGCGAAUUUGUUUUAAGGUCAGUUUAGUUUUGCUCUCCGCCGCAUCCUUUGGGGACCAUCCUGUAGCAGUGCAGCGCGCAUGCGCACCAGCAACUUCCUCUCCUGGCAACAGCAGCAUCAGCACCAGCCCAGGGGAGGGAGCAGCAUUAGCAGCAUUAGCAGCAGCCUCAGCAGCAGCAUCGCCUUGUGUUGCAUCGAGUAGGGACCGGGAAAAGCAGCCCGUGCUUCUGUCAUGCGCUAAGGGGGGAGGUGCAAGGUGCAUAAAAAAAUCAGCAAGAGAGAAGCAGACGGGUGGAUACUGCUGGAGGACGAAACAGGUGCUGCAGAGCAGCUGAGGGUUAAGGAGGGAUCCAGAUGGCAAGCAGAUAACCCCUGGUGGGGUUUUCGAGCCCCCGUGCUGAACAGGAGAGGAGUAUGCAAAUGAACAGCUCGUCGGUACAAGAUAAAGUCUGAGCGUUGCCGCCUCUGCUGCGAUAUCCCGGUCCUGCAGAGCUAUGAGCUAUGGAGGAGGCAGGCAGCUCCCUGCGGCAUCCCCGUUCCACCUCCUCUGUGCUUCUCCUGACAGCCCCCGUCUCCUGUCCUGCUCUCUUCCACCUUCUCUGUCUCCUGCUGCUGCUGUCCUGCCCCCAGCCCUGGGGAGCUCUUUCCACACACACAGCAUCGCAGUGGAAUGUGACUGUAGGCGGCACUGCUGGUAGAUUGGCAGAAGAAGACCUGGCAUCCCACAAUAACAAUAGUAGAAGUGAUAGCAGAAGCUACAGUUGGAACAAUGCAAUACAGAAAGAAAUUACAAUGCCCUCAAGAUUGGUAUAUUAUAUUAACAAAGAAUCUGAGAGCCCAUAUCAUAUUCUGGAUACUAAGGCAAGAGAUCAGCAGAAGCAUAACAAGGCUGUACAUCUUGCCCAGGCAAGUUUCCAGAUAGAGGCCUUUGGCUCUACAUUUAUCCUUGAUCUGACACUAAAUAAUGACUUAUUAUCCUCGGAUUACUCAGAGAUUGAAUAUAAUGAUGGAAAACCUAAAUUAACUAAGGGAGGAGAACAUUGCUACUACCAUGGAACCAUCAGAGGGUUCAACAAUUCAAGAGUGGCUAUUUCCACGUGCAAUGGUUUACAUGGGAUGUUCGAUGAUGGAACCCAUACUUACACAAUACAUCCAGUGGAUAUAACUCACAGUUCUAAAAGCACAAGUCGGCCACAUAUAAUUGAAAGAACUGCAGGGUCCCAAAUAUCUGUUCGUCUAGAUGGUUUAGAAUCAGAAGGAAAGGUCAACAGCCAGAAGACACCCUUUGUACAAACAGAAUGGCUACGAAGAAGGAGGAAAAGAGCUCUACCUGCACCUCGUGGAAUUUUUGAGGAGAUGAAAUAUAUUGAACUUAUGAUUGUAAAUGACCAUCAAAUGUACAAGAAACACCGUUCUUCACAUAUGUACACAAAUAACUUUGCCAAAUCUGUUGUCAACCUUGUGGAUUCUGUUUACAAGGAGCAGCUGAAUACACGAGUGGUUUUGGUGGCUGUGGAAACAUGGACAGAUAAGGAUCGUAUUCCCAUUGGUCCAGACCCUAUAAAAAUGCUCCAUGACUUCUCUAAAUAUCGACAGUAUCAUAUCAAACAGCAUGCUGAUGCAGUACAUCUUCUCUCGAAUGGGACAUUUCACUAUAAAAGAAGCAGUAUGAGCUACUUUGGGGGAGUAUGUUCCAUGACUAGAGGAGUAGGGGUUAAUGAGUAUGGUCUGUUGUUGUCCAUGGCACAGCAACUGGCCCAAAGUCUAGCACAAAAUCUUGGUAUCCAGUGGGAGCCAGCUUCUCGUAAAUCAAAAUGUGACUGCACAGAGAACUUUGGUGGUUGCAUUAUGGAGGAGACAGGAGUGUACCAUUCACGGAGGUUUUCCAAGUGUAGCAUUGCAGAAUACAAGGAGUUCCUUAACCGUGGAGGGGGUUCCUGCCUCUUUAAUAGACCAACCAAGUUAUUUGAAGUGACAGAAUGCGGGAAUGGUUAUGUGGAGGCAGGAGAAGAGUGUGACUGCGGCUUCAGAAUGGACUGUUUUGGAGACUGCUGCAAGAAGUGCUCUCUAUCAAAUGGAGCGCACUGCAGUGAUGGGCCCUGUUGUAACACAUCAUGCCUGUUCCUGCCACGAGAAUAUGACUGUCGCUAUGCUGUUAAUGAAUGUGAUAUUACUGAACACUGCACUGGAGACUCUGGUCAGUGCCCACCUAACCUUAGGAAACAAGAUGGAUAUGCCUGUGAUACCAACCAGGGACGCUGUUACAAUGGGGAAUGCAAAACAAGGGACAAUCAGUGCAAACACAUCUGGGGAAGCAAAGCUGCUGGCUCAGACAAAUUCUGUUAUGAAAAGCUGAACACAGAAGGCACUGAGAAAGGUAACUGCGGGAAAGAUGGCGACCGUUGGAUUCAGUGCAGCAAACAUGAUGUUUUCUGUGGAUUUUUACUUUGUGCAAAUGUAUCCAAAUCUCCUCGUAUUGGUAAAUUAGAGGGUGACAUACCACCGACAUACAUCAAUCAUCAAGGGAGAGUUGUGGACUGCAGUGGUGCUCAUGUAAUAUUAGAUGAUGAGACAGAUAUGGGGUAUGUAGAAGAUGGGGCUCCUUGUGGACCAUCCAUGAUGUGCUUAGACAGGAAGUGCCUACCAAUUCAUUCACUGAACAUCAGCAACUGUCCCAUGGGUUCCAAUGGAAAAGUCUGCUCUGGACAUGGGGUGUGUAGCAAUGAAGCCACAUGUAUUUGCAGUUCCACUUGGGCAGGAACUGACUGCAGCAUUUACGACCCUAAAAAAGAGACAGGAACCAAGAAAGAAGACUUACCAAAGGAAAUGUCAAAAAGCGAAGAUAUGAUCCAUCACAAUCAGGAAUAUGAAAACACACAGGUGGACAUUUUCUUCCUGCACUUCUGGCGAAUUGGUGGGAUGAACACAGAGAGCACUUCCAUGAAAAAUGCCCAUUAUAUCCAUUACAAUCUACAAAAUGCUCAUAAACAUCAACUGCUUCUUGGGUUUUGAAGUCAUAUGAGAUUUGAAGUAAUAUUCUCAUAGGUGUUUUCCAGAAUAUUAGAAACAAAAACUCACAAGCAAAAGUGUUUCCUUGAAAUCAAAUCCAGCCUACAGAAAAUAUUGUUUUUAUUAAAUUAAUAAAAGAGAAAGUAAAAGGAAAUUUGAGUGCAAUAGCUUUUUCAACAGAACCUAAGCAAGUAUAAAAGCUAAAUUUUGCAGGAUUGCUGUUUGGCACCAAGUGAGUGUCUUCAAACUGCGGCAUGACUUUUACCCUUUCUUACCGAUUACUGAUAAAAUCCAGUAGCAUGAAAUUUUGAAAAGGGUAAAACUGCAUGGCACAUUGCUACAAAUAAACAAGAAAAAAAAAAGAAGGAAAAAUUGAGCCAACCUUUGAGAAUGAAGAAUGGAAGAUGGGACCCUUAUGAGGAGACUCAAAAAGUAACUUUAAUAAAAGAACAUUGCAGUCAUCUCUUAAGAUUCAGGGAACAACUGAGUCACCAAACAGCUAAGACCCUGAAACCCGCACUCUUCUGUAAUCCAAGCCAUGAGAGAUGAAAUCAUAAAAUGAUCAACUUGUUAAGGACUUGUACAUAUGAAAAUAGAAGACUUAACACUGGAUGUUGGAAAGGAUUUUCUGACAGCAAAAUCUUUAUGUGUAUGUAUAAAAAAAGAAAAUGUAAAAAAAAGAUUUUUCAUAUAUAUAUAUAUAUAUAUGAGUUUUUUUUGGCCCCCUCACUUUUUCUAGCAUGUAGGGUAGGCACGCUGCUGGGCUUGCAAACAUUACUAAGGCAGACUGAGCAUGUAAAUGCAGGAAAUUUUGGCACAAAACAAGUGUGAUAUGAGGUUUGUAUGCUUGAAACCAAAAAAAAAACACCUUUAUUAAAGUAUAUAAUGUAAAUGGAUAUGUAUUUAGGAAUUUUAAAAUUAACUUUUUUGUUGCUGCCGUGAGAGUUCCUGUACAUAAUGUAUGAAAAUAGAAAAUUUGCUACAUACUCAAAUUAUUCACUGAAGUGCCAAGCUUAUAUACACAUGUCUUUUUUUUAAUGUUCAUUUCCCACAUGCAUGUAUGAAUCUUUUAGGAAUACAUUGUUUUAUUUUAAGUAAGUAAGUUUAAGUAAGAAAAAUUGUUUCUCUUAUUUGUCUAUAUAUAUAUAUAUAUAUAUAUAUAUAUAUAUAUAUAUAUAUAUAUAUAUAUAUAUAUACAGUAUGUAGAGAGAGAGAGAGUCUAGACAAGUCAAUAAAGUAUGUAUAAGUAAAACCAUCAUAUUUUGAAACUGCUGCAUCUUACAGACGGACAUAUUUUGUCUGGAAGGUCCUAUACAUAAUUAAGUCUAUGCCAUUUUUAAUUUUUCUUCCUAAGUCUACACCUUACUAACACUGUUAUGUAUAGAUGAUAUUUUUAUUCCGUGAUUAGGGAUCAUACUUGUAAACCAUCCUAUCAGUCCUAUGCUGAAUUGCAUUUUUAUGCCACCUUAAUUGUUUUGUUCAGAUGUACUCAAAUAUCCAUAUUGGCUAUGGGUAUAUAUCAGUAGCACCUGACUUUAACAUCUUUCUGGUUGUAUUUGAAGACUUCUUUUAAUAUACUCUACAUAAUAACAGACACAGUUUACAGACAUAGGUCUGGCUGACAGUUUGCCCUUACUCUAGAAUACUAUGAAGAAUUUAGUAAUAUUCAGUAAUAUUCAGCUGCACAUUUGCAGUAAUCACACAUUAUAAUUAUAAAAUGCAGACAAUAUUAUUAUGAAUAUUACAUUUAUUUAUAAAUAUUGGCUAUAUACUGGCUGUGUGAUUUAAUACUAUUUUAGUCAUUUAAGCCCAUAGCCUGUUAUUAAACAGAUACAGUACAUCGCCUGUAUUUUUCAUGCAGUCUACCUAUCUUUCAUCAAAAGUUAUUAGGCUUUACUCACACUACAUAAACCAAUGACAGUGGCAUAUUAGGAAUUCAAUGGUAAGUAAUUUGUUCAGAUUAAUCAGAGCCCAUCCCAGCAAUACAGAAUUCUAUGGAACCAGAUUUUUUUGGAUCUGUGCAAUGAAAUAUGGUCAUAUUUUAAGUCUAGAUCAGAGUAGUCAAAUCUGUUACCACAUUUAUCCUCUUGGCCUUGCAUGGAAAUUUGAUGUACAUGCAAUUAUCCUGUUUUGGCUAGCCACAAUUAUACAAAUAGAAUCUAAUUAUGCAUGCUACUCCAUCCCUGCGGGAAAUGACAAAGGUAGACAGGAGGGACGGGAAGGAUUUAGAUUUUUUUCACCCAGUUAGGAUUACAUGGCACAAUCGAUGAUGAAUCUGAUAUGUAGAACUUGUAAUGUGAAUCCAUGAAUCCACUUCUAAUUUAAUCUAUGUAGAUGGAUUAAAAAUUGUAAUUUGAAUCAAUCCUUAAAGGACAAGUAAAAUUAAAUUCACUGGAGUGUAUUAUGCACCACCUAGUAAAUAUAAAUAUAUCCAACCUUAGACUUAAACAUGUAGGUUGCUGAGAAAGAGCACAGAGGCAGAACUUGCUGCAAAUAGUGUUUUAUUCCUACUACAUGUUUCGGGCAAUGUGCCCUUUAUCAAGUGUAUAUCCAACCUUAGACCCUGGGCCAGUGGUCCUGUCC